UACCAUCCACCCGAACAAACUGCUCGCAGACUGUUUCACGCAAGUUGUUUCCACUCGAUCGUUGUGCUUUACACUUCUUUCGCUUCCUUCUGCCCGAUCUUUAGCUUGUUUUGUACUCGUUGAGUGAGAGUUCGAAGAUCUCCGACAAUGUCUUCCAAUCAGUACAACUCCAGCUACGAUACCACCGCACAGAAGACGGAGCAGGCCAAGCGAUCUGCUGCCGAGGCCGCCGACAGGACGAAGCAAUUUGGAGCUGAGAAAACUGGCCAAGUACAGCAAGCUGCGUCUGAUGCCACUGGGACUGUUCAAGACAAGGCCGCGAGUGCCUGGGAGUCGACCAAGAACACUGCUGCCAACGUCGCCAACACUGUCCAGGAGAAGGCAGCUCAGGCAUACAACUCCGCCAGCCAAACUGCAGGGCAGACUGCCGAGACUGUCAAAGACAAGGCUUACCAGGCCAAGGAUGUCACUGCUGAGAAAGCCACUGAAGCCAAAGACGUGACGGCUAACAAAACUGCGGAAGCUCAAACCUUCACCGGCGAUAAAUCUUCCCAGACUGGAGCUGCCACUCAGAGCUACGCGCAGCAGGGUGUUGAUCUUGCCAAGGGCGUGUACCUGGGAGUGAAAGAUGCAGUAACCGGAAAUCACGGUGCUAACAGGCCACAGUAAGCACCCACAACACGGUUCACAACGAAGUUGGUCUCAUACUAUGUACAUAAGGAGACCUGUCAAUGCUCCUUGGUUUAAUGGGUAGAAUGUUUAUAUGAAAGUUCGAUUAGAAGAAUUGCGGCAGCAGGAUAUAAUCGGCAGAUCUCUUAUCUUGCAUAGAGCUAUGCAAGUGUAUUCGGUCUGUAAUUAAUUGUAAGGAAGUUUUGCCACUC